AUGGUAGCCGACGGAGCGCAAGGAGCGCCUGGCCCUGGCCGUGGCCGUGGCCGUGGGCGCGGGCGCGGGGGCCGCGGGGGCGGCCGUGGCGGGGGCCGUGGCGGCGAAGGUGCCAAAGGCCCUUCUGAAGCGGCACACGACACGGUGGCGCCUGCGGUGCGCGCGACGCCGACCGUUGCGCCGCUGGCCACUCCCGACGAGGACGCCGAGAUUUGCUUUAUCUGUGCCGAGCCCAUCGCACUGUACUCGGUCCCUCCCUGCAACCACCGCAUUUGCCAUAUUUGUUCGAUGCGGCUGCGUGCGCUGUGGAAGAAGCGCGACUGCACGUUUUGCAAAGGCGAGGCGACCAGCGUCAUCUUUACGCCGAAUGCCACGCGCGGCUAUGGCGAGUUUACGCCUGAUCAGCUGCCGUAUGCUGACGAGAAGCUUUCGAUUAGUUUUGAGCGCAAGCAGGACUAUGACAACACCAUCGCACUCCUGCGUUUCAACUGUCCGAUCGAGCGAUGCGAGGUGAUGAGCGCCGGCUGGUCGGACCUCAAGACGCACGUCAAGCGCGACCACUCGCGCCUGCUGUGCGACCUCUGCAUCAAGCACAAGAAGAUUUUUUCGCACGAGCACGCGGUGUACACCGCCGCGUCACUCCAGGAGCACCUUUCGGCGGAGCAUCGGUACUGCGAGUACUGCCGGCAGCACUUUUACAGUGACGACGAGCUGUGGGUGCACAUGCGUGACCGCCACGAGCAGUGCCACAUCUGCAAGGGCCGCAGCGAAGAGGAGCGCUGGCGCUACUACAAGGACUAUCGCAUGCUCGAGCAGCACUUCCAGAAGGAGCACUACCUGUGCCCUGCGCGCGAGUGCCUCGAGCAAAAGUUUGUUGUAUUUGAGAACCAGAUGGAGUUCCAGGUGCACCAGGUGCAGGAGCACGGCAAGACGCUCUCGAGCCGCGAGAAGCGCGACGCGCUCCGCGUCGACGCCAACUUUCUGUACGAGAGCGAGCAGCCCGAGCCGAGCUCGUCGCGCCGCCGCAAGAAAGGCAGAGAAGGCGUCUCGAUCCAGACCGAGGACCCCGCGCCGAGCUCGUCGCGCCGCGCGCAGUUCGGCCACGCGCUCACCGAGCCCGAGGCGCGCCCGGAGCAGCAGCAGUCGGAAAAGUACUGGUCGACUGUCCUUACGGUGCUGAACGACUCGCAGAUCAAGCUCACGGCGUGCCGCAGCGCGCUGCAGGCCUACCGCGCCUCGGAGCUGAGCGUGCACGAUCUGCUGAAGACGGUGAUGAACAUCACCGGCGAGGGCACGCACUCGUUCGACGUCGGCACUACCGACCUCGUCAUCCAGAGCCUCGCCGAGAUUGUGCAGAACGGCGAGAAGCGCAAGGAGCUCCUCGACGCUUGGGCCGACAUCAAGGGGAAGCAGAACCGCUUCCCGACGCCGAUGGAGUCGCACGGCGGCGCCGUGCGCCAGCUGAAGAACGCCGCCUCCGGCAACAACCGCGUGUGGGAGAAUGUGGCGCGCGCCGCGUCGAACGCACCGAGCGUGCGCAGCCAGACGCACUUUCCCCAACUCGGCGCGAGCAACGCGUCGAGAGUCCCCGGCUCGGCUGCGCAUACCUCCAGCGCCACGCGCCGCGGCCAGACCGCGUCCGCCACGCCGUGGAGCGCGCCGCAGCCCCGCGCACAAACCGCGCCUGUGCGCCCGACGCCGUUCUCGGUGUCGGCGCCGCGCGCGUGGCGCGCCGCCCAGUUCCCGAGCCUGCCGACCAACGCGGGCGUCGCUCAGCGCCAGGCCGAAAAGCGCCAGCUGCUCGGCCACGCCGCGCGUCCGCCGCCGCCGCGCUCGUGGGGCGCACCGGCGGCGCCUCCGCUGAACUCGAGCGCAUUCCCGUCGCUGAACGAGGUCUCUGGCACGCUGCCGCAGCCCGGCCCGAGCACCGAGUCGGUGCCGGUGCAGGGGCCCGGCAAGCAGCGCCGCAAGAAGGGGGUGCUGUUGUCGUCGGUGUCGUCGAUGCAUCAUGUCUAG